GGAGUCCCUCCCGCACACACACACGCACACACACACGCACACACGCGGAAGCGCACCCCGGCCUGGCUCGCAGCCCGCCGCCGCCCCGGCGCAGCCGUGCAACAUGGCGCUGGUGCCCUGCCAGGUGCUGCGCGCCGCCAUCCUUCUGUCCUAUUGCUCCAUCCUGUGCAAUUACAAAGCCAUUGACAUGCCCGCGCAUCAGACCUAUGGAGGCAGCUGGAAAUUUCUGACCUUCAUAGACCUGGUUAUCCAGGCUGUCUUCUUUGGGAUCUGUGUCUUGACUGACUUGUCCAGUCUUCUCACUAAAGGAAAUGACAGUCAAGAGCAAGAGAGGCAGCUGAAAAAACUCAUUUCCCUUCGUGACUGGGUGAUGGCUGUUCUGGCUUUCCCUGUUGGAGUGUUUGUUGUGACGAUGUUCUGGAGCAUCUAUAUAUAUGACAGGGAACUGGUUUACCCAAAACUGCUUGAUAAUUUUAUACCAGCGUGGCUAAAUCAUGGAAUGCAUACAACAGUUUUGCCCUUUGUAUUAAUCGAGAUGAGAACAACACAUCAUCAGUAUCCCAGCAGGAGCUGUGGACUGGCUGCAGUGUGCACCUUCGCUGUUGGCUAUAUUUUAUGGGUGUGCUGGAUUCACCACGUUACAGGAGUGUGGGUGUACCCGCUUCUUGAGCACCUCAGCCCAGGUGUCAAAAUAAUCUUUUUUGCAGCUGUUACUGUAAUAAUUAACGUAUUCUACUUGGUGGGAGAGGUCCUGAACAACUACAUAUGGGAUACCCAAAAAUGUAUUGAAGAAGGAAAAGAAAAGCCAAAAUUGGACUGAACAACAGAGGCAACAUGGAGGAUUAUUUAUGAUUCCAUGGAAGAUUUCUCAUCCCCAACAGGGGUUGGCAUGGAGAGGAAUCUUUUGGAAAGGAGGAAGUUUAAUGGGCCCUCUGCUCAGUGCAAGGAUAUUUUGGGGGUUUAUAUGGAGGGAAAAUGAUUUUAGCUAAGAAUAAUAAUAAUAAUAAUGUUUCAA